CCUGUAUAGCUUAUUUUGUCAUCAUUCGAACUUCCAAAUUUACUUGAUCACAAAUUGCGAAUAUGGGGGGUCUAAUAACGUGCUAUCUUGAUUGUGUAUCGCCAUAUUCGUAUUUCGCUCUUAUCUAUCUUGAGAAACAUAGAGGUCUUCUCAAAUCACACGGAGUAGAUAUUGAUAUAGUGCCCGUUUUUCUUGGUGGAAUCAACGUGGGUAGCGGAAAUAAACCCCCGUGGACACUUCCCGCCAAAGCCUCGUAUAGCCAAUAUGACAACGAGCGGGCAAAAAAGUUUUUUGGAGCCACAAAUGUCAAGACACCUGACUUCUUCCCUAUCCUGUCCUUGCUGCCACAGCGGGCAUUGAUCUACAUCAAAUCGCAACAUCCAGACCUCUUCAUUCAGGCAUUCCGCGACCUUUUUGUUGAAAUGUGGGAGAAAGGUGUGGAUGUCAGUAAGCCAGAACUUCUUGCAAAGACGUUCUCCCAGCACUUCAGCAAAAGCGAAGUAGAAAACAUCAUCAAGGGCGCAAACAGUCCCGAGUACAAGCAGGCAUUGAACGACAACACAAAGCAAGCUCUGGACCGAGGCGCAUUCGGCUGUCCGUGGUUCUGGGUGAAAAACUCCGAAGGCAAGGAGGAGCCAUUCUUUGGAAGUGACAGGUUUCACUACAUGUGGUCGUACCUAGACCUUCCCGUUAGAGAGUUGGAGCUACUUCCAGGGGGUAGGGCGAAGAUUUAAGCAAUGUGGCAUAGCGGAUCUCGGCAAGCUUCAGGUUUUUAGCCUUCUCCGAUCUUCUGUGUAACUAGGCGAUGAACCAUCUCAUUCGUGAGGUCACUGGUGCUCUCUCUAUACGCCAUGCGAUGAAAAUAGUUGAGAAUCGAUUCGCAAAGCCGUCUUUGCUUACGAUAUCAGACAAACCUCAGCUGUCUCAACAUGUUCAAUACCUUGUCUUCAUGCAAUCAUAC